GCAGUAGCGCCUCACCAUGAUAUAAUAUUGUUAAACAACUCUGUUUAACUCUCUAUUGAAGUGUAUACUCCACCCAUUGGACCCCUACAGGAGAAUACUACUUCAGUCUGUCAGGCAUUUUCUGUGAAUAUCCGUCAAUUAACCAAACCUGUGAGAUGAUGUCAAGCGGGAAGAGGGAAAGAGGGAGGAUCAGCCGCAGCAUCACUACUUACUUAGUACUCAACUGCACAUUCCAACUGGUCAGAUGAAGACCAGCCUCAAUCCGUCUGCUAUUUAGUAACAUAUGGAUCGGAACUCGGCUCUACAAAUAGAUCACCAAAGCCUGUUUCCAUCGCAGUCCAUGUGGUUGAAUCUCCCCCACAAUUUGCUAAUCUGCUGACAAAUCCAUUGAGAAUAUCCCCAUUAACCAGCUAACUAUACAAUUACAUCCAUCUUCACAAUUCAUCUUCCCCUACAUCUCCUCCAAUACAAGAUAAUACAGAGCAGAGUCAAUAUACAAAAUGACCAACUUCAACAUCCAAAUCAUCUCCGACACCGUCAAACAGUGGUGCUACGUCGGCUACCGCCGCCUCACGCGCGCCAUCACAACCCACAAAGCCACCUACCCUUCCGAUACAUUCACCCUAACCUGGCACGCCUUCUACCUGAACCCGAACUCGCCGAGUUUCCCCGGUCUAGACAAGACGGAAUACUACAAGUCGAAGUUCGGCGCCGACCGCGCGCUUGCCAUCUUCGAUCGACUGGGUGCUGUGGGCCAGAGCGAAGGGAUCAAGUUUAGUUUUGGCGGGAGGACGGGGAAUACGCGCGACUCGCAUCGGUUGAUGUGGUAUGCGGGGCAGAAGGAGAAGAAGGAUGCUUUAGAGAAGAAAGAAGGGGUUGUGAUUGGGGGAUUGCAGACGAGGGUGGCGGAGGAGUUGUUCCGGGCGUAUUUUGAAGAGGAGAAGAAUGUGACGGAGCGGGAGGUGUUGGUGCAGGCGGGGGUGGGGGCUGGGUUGGAGAGGAGUGAGGUUGAGAGGUUGUUGGAUGGGGAGGAGGGAGGGAAGGAGGUUGAUUUGGAGGCUGAGAAGGCGAGAAGGCAGUUGGUGACGGGCGUGCCGUAUUAUAUGGUUCAGGGACAGUAUGCUGUAGAGGGGGCGGAUGAGCCGGAAACCUUUUUGGAGGUGUUUGAGCAGGUCAAGAGGAGUACUUAGAAGGGGGGUGGGGGCUACGAUGUUAGAUGGGUAUAUAAGGCAAUCUACAGGUUCUGUUGAUCC